CAUAUUUGAAUUUGAGAUUUUCAUGUUAAAGACUAAUGAUAGCAGCACUAUUAUCAAAUCAUUAUUCGCAUUCAUUUAUGAUAUACUAGCUAGCACCCGUGACACAAUAAUGAUAUAAAUUCAACUAAACAAAACAUGAAUUGUCUCUAUAUAUUCUUCGGAUAUAAAUUGCUAUUAAUAUAAUGUGAAAUCACAGACAAAUUUAGCUAUGGAGAGGAGUGGCUACCAAAUUUUAUUAUUCUCUUGCGUUAACAUUUUAUUUUUAUCUAGAUAGGAAAAUCUUGUAAAAAAAACGAACGAAAAAAAGAUGAUCGAGUAUAUUUGGUUGGACCAUGGUUGUCACGCCGGCGGCCGUACCACUGGUUGAACCUGGUUCAACCUGUAUGGGUCAUAAAACCGACAUGACACCCUUGGUAUGACCGACAUGAUCGAUAUACGAAUCUCCAAGUAAAAUGAUCUUAUCUUAGUGAAUUUAAUUGAUAAAAAGUCAUUUAUUAUUUGUUUUAUGCGUUAAAAAGUUAAUUGUUGAUGUUAUUUGUUGGAUUCAGGUACAAACAUUUAGGUAUAUACGUUAAAUGUCGUGUUUAAAUAUAAUUAUUUGUAAAUUAUUUGUAAUAUUAACUGGUAUGAACCGGCACAAACCGGUAUGUAUCACCGGUCGAACCAUUCUACUUGCUAAACCAGCACACUGGCAUAAACCGGUUUGACAACCUUGGGUUGGAGAAAGAUGGACAGGAGACCCAUAGAAGUCAGCAUGGUCAAACCGCAAUGACCCUGAACAAGCACUCUUAGGCCGACACGUGUGCGAACCCACCAAGAAAAAACUACCGUCCAAGGCACGUAAAAACUAAAAACCACAUAAAUAAUUAACCAGCAAAUUUAUCGGAGAAACAAAAGGAAAAAAAGAAAAAGAAAAAGAAAUUCGGUUUGAAAAAGCUGGAGAAUUAGGGAUCCAAGAAGAAGGAGAAAAAGAAUCCAUUUUCUUUGUGUGGUCGUUGACAGGGAGAAGAAGAAGAAAGGAAAAAGAAAAAAAAAGCUUCCGAGCAGGGGCGAAAAAGUUCGGCCCUGCUGCUUCGCCGGUGAACGGCGGAGGAAGAAGUAACAAGACCCUCACCGUCAAAAAGGGGGAAGAAAUCAAGAAAGCAGUUCAGGGAGAGACGGGAAACAUAAUUGUUAUCUGUUCGCCAUUUUCGAAACUCCCCUCUCUCUCUCUCUCUCACGCACCCGCCCCAAUUUGCUUUUCCUGGUUUUUUUUAUGAAUUUCUUCCAUGGAUCCUUCGCCCUAGCAUUGGUUCUUCCCCUUUUUCAACUUCCCGUACGCGGAAUUUCGUGGGUUCCCAGGAAUUUGUCUCUCGCCCAGAUUCAAUCUCUUUCUCUCCCCGCCCGCCCACCCACCCACCAUGUACUUGAACCAAUCGGAUUCAUGAAUCUCGCCCCUUUUGCUUCUUUGUUUAAUCCUCGUGUCCCUAGAUCUUGAAUCUCAGAAGUUCAUUUGCCUCUUUCCCCUCAUUUGAAGGGUUGGAUUUGGAUUUGACGGUUUGGGGUAGUGUUUUUCGUUUGGGUGGAAGGAAGGAAGGAAAGAAGGGGAGGAUGGAGAUGUCGUUCAAGGGUGUGGUGAGGGAGAUAAGGGACACCAUGGGCAUCAGAUCGAAGGGGAGGGCUAACGGUAAAGGGAUGAACCAUCACCGCCGGGGGAGAGCCCACAUUGCGCCGGAAGGUGGGUUGGAGGUGCCCGCUCAAUUGGGUAGCUGCGGCGGCGGCGGUGACGGUUGCGGCAGCGAACAACAGGGUUUGUGGGCUACUUUACCUCCAGAACUGCUGAGGGACAUAAUCCAGCGGAUUGAGACAAGAGGGACUACAUGGCCGGCCCGGCGAGACGUGGUGGCUUGCGCCGCAGUUUGCCGGUCUUGGCGUGAGAUCACUAAAGAGAUCGUCAAGACCCCUGAAGAUUGUUGUUGUCUUACUUUCCCCAUCUCCCUAAAGCAGCCUGGGCCUAGAGAUGUUCCUAUUCAAUGUUUUAUCAAGAGGCAAAGAGCUACUUCAACCUUUCAAUUGUACCUUGGCUUGAGCCCUGCUUUGUCUGGUGAUAUGAGCAAAUUGUUGUUGGCUGCUAAGAAGGUUAGGAAGGCAACGAGCACUGAAUUCAGAAUAUCCUUUGUGGGGACUGAUUUCUCUCAAGCGAGCAGAACAUUUGUUGGAAAGCUGAGGUCCAAUUUUUUGGGGACCAAGUUCUCAAUUCAUGACAACCAACCUCCCAGUCCGGAACUGCAGUCCAUUUGUAUGCCACGUCGGAAGAUCAACUCAGUUCAGGUGCCUUCUUCAUGCCCUAGAGGGUAUGGAGUGGACACCGUAGUUUACGAGCUCAACGUCCUACGAACUAGGGGACCGAGGAGGAUGCGGUGCACUAUGCAGACGAUUCCAAUCUCAUCUGUCCUUGAAGGCGGGACUGCUCCUACCCCAACUGAGCUGAAAAAUUUCUGCACCGAGCAGCCAUCUCCAUCUCCUAGCACAAUAGGGAAGAAGACUGCCAUUGUGGACUUGAGCUCAAGCAGCAGCCUUUCGGAUUCCUUGGUUGCUGCUGAGUCUGUAUGCAGAGAUCCUUUGGUUUUAAAGAACAAAGCUCCGAGGUGGCAUGAGCAGCUGCAGUGUUGGUGUUUGAACUUCAAGGGGCGAGUAACUGUGGCCUCGGUGAAGAACUUCCAGCUGGUUGCACAUGCUGAGCCUUCUGUGAAUCUGUCCCCAGAGGAACAAGAGAAAGUGAUUCUCCAGUUUGGCAAGAUUGGUAAAGAUAUCUUCACCAUGGAUUACCGUUAUCCGCUCUCUGCCUUCCAAGCUUUCGCUAUCUGUCUUAGUAGCUUCGACACUAAACCUGCUUGUGAAUGAUAUGAGAUGUAAUGGCGUUUUUGUUUUCCUUCAUCUGUUUACUAAUGCUGUUGUGCAAUAACAAUGCUUGUUGUAGCUUUUGAUAAAAUUUUGGUUGUAUA